AUGUUCAUAGGCUGCCGGCACGUCUUCUUCUCCCUCUCGUCCAUCGUCGUGGCGGUCCGCUGUGUGUCUUCUUGCGGAUGGCGGGCAGCCGAUGGUCUGUCCAGACUUGAGUAUCGCUACGACAGCCAAGACCCUGCCUCGCCCUUGACUUUGCCAGCUUGAAGUCGAAAACUUGGCCGUCAGCCGCUAGGGUGCUCCAUGAAAUUGUUGCUGCUGCGAACUUGAAAGGUUAUCGUGGCCCUGCAAACCCGUGUUUGGCGAGAGAGGGCCUCAGUGAGGAACCGUAUCGACCGGUGGAAGAUAGCUUUGCGUCCCUUUAUCGCGGGGAGGCCUGCAGCAGCAGUUGACGAGUGGCGGAGCGCACGACUUGGAGGCAUUUCGGUCACCAGCAGGACAGGUGAGGGCGGCAGGGCGCGACAGGGAAGGCAGCAGCCCGCAUUCCCUCCACAACGAACGUUUCCCUUACGCAUGCAGUGCUGGAGCAUUCUUGGCGUGUGGUGAGAGCACCGCUCUCGGGGUACUCGGCAGUCUAG